AUGCCUGGCUUUGCAGAUUCCUUCUGGACGCCUGACUAUGCCACGGGCCUGGGCGUUCUGUAUGGGAAACUGCAGCAGGGUGUGGCUGAGAACAAGCAGAUCCUCACAAUCGCAUCCAUGCGUGCGGAUGCCGAGGAGCUGUAUGGGUACCGACUGGGGGAGAUUGCGCCGACUGUGGACCGCAUAACGACGGGAUUCGGAAAGGAUGAUGGGGCUAGCGUGAGGAAGGCGUAUGAAGGUGUUCGGACUGAGAUGAUCGAAGCGUCCAGGAACCAUCAGAAGAUCGCAUCGAAUAUUCGCGAACUCGUCGUGUCGCCGUUUCGGCGCUGGUGCGACCAGCACGAACUUCGCAUUGAGCAUUCGCACGACGACCUCCAGGCGCGCAUCAAGGAACACACGAAGCAGGUAGAGCUUGUCAAGAAGCUGCGAAGCCAGUACUUCAACAAAUGUCGCGUGGUCGAAGACCUCGAAGAAGAGAACAAACUCGCGUUCCAGGCCCCCGAGACCAGUCCCAAGGUCAAGCCGACGCCGAAGAUCGUCCUGCCCGAUGAACAGGUAGAGGAGGAAGAGCCGGUGGAGAUUGGGGAGCGGGUCUACGCCCCUGAGGAUCUCAAGAAACUACUGGUGCACAUGCUGGAAAAUAUCAAGAUCGGCGAGGUGAAGGUGCCUAUCAUCGGAACCUACCAAAACACCUCGACUGGUGUCGAUAUUGUUGAAUACACUCAGAAGCACAUGAAUGCCAGCAGUGUCAACUAUUCGGAGAUGAUCGGCCAGGACCUCGUCGACAACGGUUUCCUUCGCCUCGUGGGCAACAUGGGCAGCACGUUUGCCAAUAGCUCCAAGAUGCACUACCAGUGGCGUCCCAAGGUGUUCCAGGUCACUGGUAUCCCGGAGAAGAAGAAGCCUCUGAUGCGUGUGACCUCGAUCGCCAGCAGCGAGGACGGUAGUGAGUCGCCGAUCACUUCUGUCUCGGAGAUGUUGGCUGGCUGGAAUCCGCUCAACAACCCCUACCCGAAUGAAACGCCUGCCGAGAAACUGCGCCGAGAAGCCCGGGAGGCCGAUGAAAGGUACAAGGCCGCUGUGCGGAAGCUUGAUCAGAUCAGAUGCAGACUUGAGGAGGAGAUCGUGGAGAACCUUCGCUUUAUGGAGCAGUGCGAGCUGGACCGGCUCAAAGCGAUCAAGGCCGUUGUCUUGGAUUUCUCUGGCGCCAUCAGCAACGUGAUCCCAAAUCUGCAGAGCACGGUGGAUCAUAUGAUGCUUUACCAAGAGACGAUCCAACCCCUUGGAGAUCUUAGAUACCUCCUCGAAAACUAUAGAACGGGCGGCUUCGUCCCCCGGGUCCAGGCCUACGAGAACUACUACGGCUCUGUGGAAGGAUCUAACUUUUCAGACCAAAACUUUGGCGUCGACCUUGAAGCGAGAGCAAGGGCGGACCGGAAGCGAGUCCCUGUUAUCUUGACUACGAUUCUGACCUACCUUGACAACCGCUAUCCGGAACUGGAAGGCGACGAGGCUCGACGUGCCAUUUGGCUCUAUGAUGUUCCCUUGGCCGCCACGCACAGGCUCCGCAAUGAAUUGAACAACAGCAAGGUUGACUAUCAGGAGGUCCUUCAACGAUAUGAGGUCCCGGUUGUGGCCAGCGUGCUCAAGCUGUACCUUCUCGAGCUGCCGGACUCUCUCGUGUCCUCCCAGGUUUACGAGAUUGUGAAGACCAUAUACUCUACGACGGCCCACGAGACGACGGAAGAGGGACGUAUCAAAGUCUUGCAGAGCACACUUGGUCAGCUCCGUCUCAACAACAUCGCCACUCUUGACGCCCUUAUGACCCAUUUCACGCGCUUGAUUGAUCUUACGUCUGCCGAUGAGGCAUACAUUGCUUCUCUGGCCCAAGCACUAUCUCCUUGCAUUCUCCGUCCUCGUACGGAAAGCAGUCUUACGAUGAACGAGCGCCACAGCUAUCGUCUGAUCCGUGACUUGUUCGCCCACAAGGAUUCUAUUUUUGGUGAAUUGAAGCGCCAGUCCAGCGGCCUGGGAAUCGGAGGAUCUGCCAGCCGUCCACGUGCUAUCAGCACUGAUGAGAGUAACCGUCGGGCCGCCAUGGAGGCCCGCAACCGUGCCAUCGUUGAUCGCAGCAGGGCCAACAGCCCGGCGCCUCCCCGGAAGCACCGUCGUGACCGCUCUAGCGGCGCGUCUGAAGUCGGCCGAUUCCCCAUCAAUGUCAGCCCAACCGAGAGACGGACUACAACCAGGAACAGCCUGGACGUCCCCAGCACCACCACAUCCCCGACUGGCGCUGACGAGAUGACAACCGUCAACAUCAAUGCUUCCGAAACUGUCGCUAACGGUACUUCGAAUGACUCCCCUGCAUCUGCUGCCACCACUGAAAGUCCCACCUCGGGAGGCGCUUCCACCCCUCCCGCGGCUCCCGGAUCGGACGAUUCUCCUACUCCGACUCCCACGCCCGCCCUUGAUGGGGCCGAGAAGCGAGUCUCCGUCCCCCGGUCUGGUGCCAUUACCCGCAAGCCCGGUCUUGGUAGCCGAUCGAGCUUCCCUGCGGCUGCGAUCAGUGACAGCCCCGUGGACAGCAAACGGAGCAGCGUGGCCGAUACUGAGCCCAAGGGCGUUACGUUAGAAGAUAAGCCGAUGGACGACUGA